UCUUUCUGGACUCAGCCCAGUCCUGUUAAGCAUUCCUGUCCAAGCAGGGUCUGCUCCUCCCCAAGCGCUAGGCGGGGCUUGGGACCAGUGAAAGGCUCCAAACAUCUGUGCUCUUGUGUCAACCCAGCCCAGCCUUGCCUAAUCAUCUGCGGAGGCAGCUUGCUGCUGGAAGCCUGGUGACCGAAAAGGUGAGAGGCUUGUACCAGAGGUGGCAGCGAUCCCCGCAGCACCCAGCUACAUCCAAAAAGCACUCACUCACUUUGCUGCUUUCUCAAGAGUCUGCCGGUGGUCCCACCAGCCCCAGCCUCAGAACUCAGCCAUGAUCAGGAGAAGCUUCCUGGGGGCAGUAAGACUUGGCCAGCACAAGGUCCUUCCUGGCGUCCCGCAAGUCUUACCCAGACUCAGCCCCACCUCAGCAUUCGGAUCCUCCGCGGACUCCCUGGUCUCAAGGUUCUGUCCAGAGAAGACGGAUUUGAAGGAUUACGCCCUUCCCAAUGCCAGCUGGUGUCCAGACAUGCUGAACCUAUACCAGGAAUUUCUGGAGAAGACCAAGACCGAUGGCUGGGUCAAACUCCCCUCCUUCAAGUCCAACAGAGACCACAUCCAGGGGCUGAAACUCCCAUUUGGGUUAGCAGUUGCCUCAGACAAAAGCGACUGGCGCAUCUUCACCAGAUGUAUCCAAGAGGAAGGACAAGGCUACGAGUAUGUCAUUUUUUUCCACCCAUCCAAGAAGAAGUCCAUCUGUCUUUUCCAACCUGGCCCCUACCUGGAGGGGCCCCCAGGGUUUGCACAUGGAGGGUCCUUGGCUGCCCUGAUGGACGAGACCUUCUCUAAAACGGCUUACCUGGCUGGAGAGGGGCUGUUCACAGUAAGCCUCAACAUCAGGUUCAAAAACUUGAUCCCUGUGGGCUCUGUGGCUGUCCUGAAUGUUGACGUGGAAAAGAUCGAGGACCAGAAGCUUUACAUGUCUUGCAUCGCCCAGAGUAGGGAUCAGCAGACAGUCUAUGCCAAGUCUUCAGGCGUCUUCCUUCAGCUGCAACUGGAAGAGGAAUCAUCCCAGUAAUAGUCACUAAGCCUUCCUGCUGACUGCCUUGCCUGCUAGGGACCCACUACAGAGCAGGGAGGGGUCCCCAGGAAGUGACUGGUGAGAUAAAGGAGAGGGUGCACUCCUCUGAAUAAAUAGAUUUAUGGCCUCAUUCUCAAGCUAAGACCCUUCUGUGCCCGGAAAUUAGAAUCCCGCCAGCACCUCCCAUAAACCCACUUUCCCAUUCAGCACCAAGAGAUCUCCUGGGCACCUGCAGGUUCCAGGCUCUGGGUGAGGCACCAAGCACACAGCAAGGAAAGACUUUAAAGGGUAUAGCCUGGUGGUGGUCAGUAAGGGUGGGGCGGGGAGGCGCAGUGCAUGGGACAUAAAGUUUUGUUCUUUAGAAAGAGAACUCUGGUGGCCGUAAAGCAAGGGUCAGCAAGCCCAAAGGUGGGAACCCUGGGUGGGAGACCCCAUCACGGCCCCCAGCUAGAGAUAGUAAGGGCCUGACAUGGGUCAGAGCUUUGAAGAUGAAAGAGAUGGAACAUGGGACAAACAAAAGAGCGUGGGACUUUGCUGCUAAUUACAUGUCAUGGACUGGUGAAGAGCUCUGC